UGAAGCUUCGGCUCUCGCUGCAAAGUUUGAUCUUUUGCGGUUACCGUAGUAGCAGAAAACCAUGGCGUCUGACAGUGACGCCGAUGAGGAUUUUGUGACUUAUGGGACCCCUUUGGAGCCUUUGGAAGAAGAUGAGCCACUGAAGAAGCCCGUCCCGCUCCAUGAGCAAACAGUAAAAGAUGAGAAGGGACGAUACCAGAGGUUCCAUGGAGCGUUCACUGGAGGGUUUUCUGCUGGUUAUUUCAACACUGUCGGCUCUAAAGAAGGCUGGGCCCCGUCAACAUUUAUGUCGUCACGGCAGCAGAAAGCUGAGAAACAACAUGCCAGACCGGAAGACUUCAUGGAUGAAGAGGACUUCAGUGAGCAUGGCAUCGCUCCCAGGGAAAUCACCACCAGUCAGGAGUUUUCGUCUGGCCGCAGAGACGAGCUGAGAGAGAAGGCGAGAGCUGUGAAUGCUCAGACUGCUCUGAUCCCUGGAGACACUCUGCUGGAGGAGCUGAUAGCACCUGCCAGGUUGUCCAUCGGGGUGGAGCUGCUGAGAAAGAUGGGCUGGAAGGACGGUCAGGGCGUCGGGCCUCGUGUAAAGAGGAAAGCUUGCCGACGGCGGUCUGAUGGUGGAGCUAAAGUCUACAGCUGUGUGCUGCCGCCUACUGGUUCAGAAGACUCAGAGGACGAGGAGGAGGAGUUUGCUCCAGAGAACGUGACUUUUGCCCCCAAGGAUGUGACUCCGGUGGACUUCAGCCCCAGGCUAGGGGUUCAGGGUCUGGGGUACCGCGGUCUGGACCCGGGCCUCGCGCUGCUGGGGCGAGGCCAACCUGAACACAUAGACCUGUUCAGACCUCAGUCAGAGACAAGAGGUCGACUUUUUGGAGACACACAGGGAGGAGCGCGGAGAGGAGGAGUGGCCGGACAGGCAUUCGGGGUGGGGGCUCUGGAGGAUGAUGAUGAAGAUGUGUACCACAGAGACUCCAUGUCCAGAUACGACAUGGUGCUGGGAGGAGAGGAGCCUGGAGACGGACUGUAUGGCUGGACAGCUCCACAGCAGUACAUCCAGAAAAGAGUCAAAAGCAAAGAUGCAUCAUAUCUCGGCAAAAUCCUGGAGGGAUUUACUCUGGCUCAAAAACCAGCCGAGGAGCAAAUGAUCUUCCCUCCUCCCUCUUUGCCCAGUGAUUACAGACCGGUCCAUCGUUUCCGCACAUCAGUCGAUGUUCUGGGUCUUUCUGGUGUCAGUCCUGCCCUGGCUGAGGCCCUAAGGGUCUCCAGGGGCCACAUGGUCACAGAGGAGCCCCAGCAUGGGGGACGUCACCAGCUGGACUCCGGCCAGAGGAGGGCGCUGCUGGGAGAGGAUGCCCCGCAAGGUCCCAGUUCAGUCAUGGAGCUCCUAAGGCCUGAGGACAGACAGCGGCUGCUCAGCCUCUCCAAAUCUACCAAAACCAACACUGCAGACUCCCAUGAAGCUUUGCAGUCAGCCAAGCUGUCGGCAGAAGCGUUGCUUCCGUGCCCUGCGGCCUGCUCCGGCCUUCAGCAGCAGCAGCAGGAGGCUCUGGUGGCGUGGAGAGGCAUCCAGACCUCCUCACAGACCUUCAAACCGUUCGAGAAGAACCCGAGCAAACAGGCGCGCUACGAGCUCUACCUGAGCCGCCUCAAACAGGGACACACAGAUGCCCUCGAGCAGAGUCUGGACCCGGGGAUGACAGAGUGGGAGCGCAGCAGAGAGAGGGAGGAGUUUGUCCGAGCCUCCAUCCUGUACAGACCCACCUCCUCCUCACUGUCCUCCCGCUUCACCAGAGCCACACACCUGGAGGACGACGACACUGUGGAGGUCAACCGGGACGUAGAGGGCGACGUGGAUGACAAGCAGGCUGCUAUUAAGAUGAAGAUGUUUGGAAAACUGACCAGAGAAACACUGGAGUGGCAUCCUGACAAACUGCUCUGCAAGAGGUUCAACGUCCCCAACCCCUACCCCGGGUCGAGUGUGGUGGGUCUGCCCAAGGUAAAGAGGGACAAGUUUUCAGUCUUCAACUUCCUGACUGUGGCUGAGAGCAGAGACCCAACAGCUCCUCCAGAGCCCAGGAAAAAGUCUAGGUGGGACGUUUCAGACCAGAAGCAGGAGGAGAAGAGGAGGAAUGGCCCGCCGAGUGAGCUGCUCAGUGCUGCACGAAGCCAGACAUCUGAGACCAAACUGGGUCCAACCUCUGGACCUGUUCUGCCUGCCUCACCUGUCUCCACCAGCACCAACCCUCAAACUCCAGACAACAGAACUGAGGCAGGGAAGCAGCAGAGCUCAGACCAAAAGAAAGAAGGAGAUGAAGAAGAGGGGGAAGAGGAGGAGAGCAGGCCUCCCAUGGAUCUGUUUAAAGCCAUCUUUGCCAGCUCUUCUGAUGAGAAGUCCUCUUCAUCAGAGGGAGAGGGCGAGGAUGAGGAGGACAAAAAGGACUCAAAGGAAGAAGAGGAGGGGACAGUCAACUUGCAGCCAGUGAACCUCUUCAACGUCACUGCCACCUCAACCAUAACCUCCUCUACCACCACAUCCAGCCGGCAGACGGCAGAGGUUUUGUCUCCUACUUCGACACAGGACCCGGAGGAGUUUGGUCCAAAGCUGCCUCCUCCUGCAGCUGCUCUCAUCAGAGGAGGCGCCACCUCCCUCUUUUCCCCCAGGGACGAGCAGAAACCCAGCAAGAGCAGCAAAGACAAGAAACACAAGAACAAGAAGCAGCACAAACACAAGAAGAAGAAGAAACAAAAGAAACACAAAGGGAAGCAGCAGAAGAGUAGGAAGGAGGUGCCAGACAGCAGCUCAGAGGACAGCGACGCAGAAGAUGGACAGGUGUCAACAGAGGAGCUGCUGAAAAGACUGAAGAGUGUCCGGUCACACCAGAGAUGGUAGCAGCGAGUUUGUCCUCUGUGAGGAAAAUAACACCUUUACCUGAACUCAUUUUACACUUUGCGCUGUGUUCUGGUUUUAAAUAAUAAAAUGUGUCACCGAGUCUUGAAGUUUGGCUUCUUAC